CUGUCACGCUAUGGGUGUGUGGGUGGGAAAUGGCUUUUAAAGGGCCAGGGCGGUGGCCCCACGUCCACGAGCCCGGCCCGGGGUCAGGGCGGCGCCGGGACCGUGCGGGAUCAGAUUCCCCCCCCCGGCGCCGUCGGGGGUAACGGGGCUCGGUGCCAGGCGUGUCCCCAGGGCAAAGCGGGGCUCAGCAGUGCCUCCACGAGUGUCCCUACUUAGGGAUGACACGGUGGCACGGUCCGGUGACAGCCGUGCAGCCGUCCCCCACAAGCAGCCUCGGAGCUGCUCGCCCCGUCUGUGCAUCCAUCCAGUUAUACCCUCUUCCCCCCUCCCUCCCCACCCCCCAGCCUUCUCAGCGCUUCCCGUCUGUCUGAGCUCAUCUCCCGUGUGCUGACCAGCACCUUCCCCACACGGAGCUGGGAGGCAUCUGCGGGCUGGGACGCCUGCGUGGUGCCCAUCAUUAGCGCGUGCAAUUACGGGGCCGGCUUUUAGCAGCGGGGGUUUUGUAACUGUUCUUGCCAAGCAUUAAUGAGCCCAGGCACUGCUAUUAACGAUCCCGCUCGAGCCAGAUGUUGAAAGCCUUUAUUAAACAUUAGCUCGGCUUGUACCUGGGCAAAAUUCCCACCGUGCUUUCCAAGGACCGGAUGAAAGCUGGGGCCAGAGCCCCAAAUUUUAUUCCCUCUCAUCAGCUUCCCUGCUGCUCUGUGCACCUGUGCAUCGCACCGAGGAGGGAUGCGGUGUGUCCCCAUCGGGGCACGCAUGGGGGAUGAGCCCUCUGGGAUGCCCCCAGCCUUGCCCCUGUACCCCUGCCCUAUGUCAGCAGCUUCCCUUGCCCUGCCACUCCUCUCCCUGCAGCAGGGGAAGCGCGCCAGCCACUUCUCACGCAACCCUGGCCAAUGGUUAACCCGAGGCCAGAGGUCCUGCCACUGAUAGCGUGGGGAUACAGGUGCCCUGCUUGAAAGGCUGGUGCCCUGGAGCAUCUCAGAGCUGGAGGGUAUAUGCCUGCGUAACAGGAGUGGCUCCAUAUGGGCUCAGCCCCUCUGUUAAUAGGUAGCCACCCAUCGAGUCUUGGCUGCUGUGACCCUCAGAUAAGCAUCCAAAAAUGUAUAUAAAGCCCCGUGGCAGAGCUGGGCAGCAGAGGAAGAGGAUCUGGUGUGGUUCCAGAGUCUGAACGCCCACUGCCUCUCUCUGCCCAGCUUCAAGGACCUGCAGGUAGGAGUGUGUGCAUGUGGCUCUGAACACAGAGGUAGGAUUGAGAAGGUAUUUAUGUCAGCAUAAGAAAUUCACAGAAUGUCUCUCCCAUCCCUCUCAUUCUCCAGCUCUCUGCUCUAUUUAAAGUAUCUCUUUCAAAUCCUAACUCUACACCACGCUUCCUUCCAGGCGGCAAUGGGGCCGGAGGAAGUGAUGGUACAGGUGGGCAGCCCAGGUCUCAUCUCGGCCACUGAGAUGCUGGUGGCAACUGCCACUUUCUGCCUGCUCCUGCUGCUGACCCAGACCCGCCGGCAGCACACACCCAAGGGGCUGCACAGACCCCCAGGUCCCCGUGGGCUCCCAGUGCUGGGCAGUGCGCUGGAGCUGAGGAAGGACCCACACCUGGUGCUCACCCAGAUGAGCCGCAAAUACGGGGAUGUGAUGGAGGUGACCAUCGGCUCCCAACCUGUGGUGGUGCUCAGCGGGCUGGAAACCAUCAGACAAGCCUUGGUGAGGCAAGCAGAAGACUUCAUGGGACGCCCUGACCUCUACAGCUUCCGACACAUUACGGAUGGACAGAGCCUGACCUUCAGCACUGACACGGGGGAAGUGUGGAAAGCCCGUAGGAAGCUGGCACAGAAUGCCCUGAAGAACUUCUCCAUCGCCGCCAGCCCCACAGCCUCCUCCAGCUGCCUUCUGGAAGAGCACGUCACCAACGAGGCCAGCUACCUGGUCACCAAAUUCCUGCAGCUGAUGGAGGAGAAGCAGAGCUUUGACCCCUACCGCUACAUGGUGGUGUCGGUGGCCAACGUCAUCUGCGCCAUUUGCUUCGGCAAGCGCUACGACCACGACGACCAAGAGCUGCUCAACGUGGUGAACGUGGUUGAUGAGUUUGGGGAUGUGACUGCUGUUGGCAACCCAGCUGACUUCAUCCCAUUGCUCCGGUACCUCCCCAGCCGCAACAUGGAUUUAUUUCUGGAUUUCAACAAGCGAUUCAUGAAAUUGUUGAAGAAAGCUGUGGAAGAGCACUAUGAGACCUUUGACAAGAACAACAUCCGAGAUGUCACCGACUCCCUCAUUGAGCAGUGCAUGGAGAAAAAAGCCGAAGCCAAUAGUGCCACACAGAUCCCAAAUGAGAAGAUCAUCAACCUGGUGAAUGACAUCUUUGGAGCAGGCUUUGACACCGUGACAACUGCCCUGUCCUGGAGCCUCAUGUACCUCGUGACGUACCCCCACAUCCAGAAGAAGAUUCAGGCAGAGCUGGAUCAGACCAUCGGCAGGGAGAGGAGACCACGGCUGUCUGACCGAGGCAUGCUGCCCUACACAGAAGCCUUCAUCCUGGAGAUGUUCCGGCACUCCUCCUUCAUGCCCUUCACCAUCCCACACAGCACAACCAGGGACACGGUGCUGAAUGGCUACUAUAUCCCAAAGGACCGCUGCGUGUUUAUCAACCAGUGGCAAGUGAACCAUGAUGAGAAACUUUGGAAGGAUCCACAGUCUUUCAACCCAGAGCGUUUCCUCAAUGCUGAAGGGACCGAAGUGAACAAAGUGGACGCGGAGAAGGUGAUGACUUUUGGCCUGGGGAAAAGGAGGUGCAUUGGGGAAAACAUAGGCAAGUGGGAGGUGUUCCUUUUCCUGUCCACAUUGCUCCAGCAACUGGAGUUCAGCAUCCGCGAUGGCGAGAAGGCAGACAUGACACCUAUAUAUGGACUGUCCGUCAAGCACAAGAGAUGUGAGCACUUUCAAGUCAAGAAACGCUUCUCCAUGAAGAGCUCAAACUGAGCAGUUUAUCCAUAGCCCAGAUAUUGCCUUGGCCGCCCUUAUAACAGACCUGGGUCUGGCAUAACCUCACAGAACCAUGCA